AUGGUGGAAGCUGAGGAUUUAAAGAAGCGGAGGAGAUACGCCGAGGAGAAGAAGGGUGGAAAGAGAAGAUGGGGUUUGGCUGCAAUUGGGGCUGUUUUGGUGGUUUUAGUUGCAUUGGCUGCCUCAUCGAAGUUUUCGAAAAGUCAGAAUUCUUCUUGUUUCUGUCCUCAGGACACUAGAAAAUAUACAGGGAUGGUUGAAGACUGCUGUUGUGACUACGAGACAGUAGACAGUAUAAAUGGUGCGGUCUUGCAUCCUUUACUCCAAGAGCUUGUCAGAACUCCCUUUUUUAGAUACUUCAAGGUGAAGUUGUGGUGUGAUUGUCCUUUUUGGCCUGAUGAUGGUAUGUGCAAGUUGCGUGAUUGCAGCGUAUGUGAAUGCCCAGAGACUGAAUUCCCGGAGCUUUUCAAGAAACCAUCACAAUACAGUCUGUCAUCAGAUGAUUGGAAAUGUCAAGAAGGAAAACCAGAGGCUGCUGUUGAUCGUACACUGGACACUAAGGUUUUUAGGGGGUGGCCUGAAGUUGAUAACCCAUGGACAAAUGAUGACGAAACUGAUAACAGUGAGAUGACAUAUGUAAAUCUCUUACUGAAUCCUGAACGUUACACUGGUUACACUGGGGAAUCUGCGAAAAGAAUUUGGGAUGCCAUCUACUCUGAAAAUUGUCCAAAAUAUACUUCUGGAGAAUUUUGUCCAGAAAAAAAGGUCCUGUACAAGUUAAUAUCAGGACUUCACGCUUCAAUUUCCAUUCACAUAGCUUCUGACUACCUGCUUGAUGAGACAAAGAACCUGUGGGGCAAGAAUCUUGACUUGAUGUAUGAUCGUGUUCUAAGAUAUCCAGACCGCGUCAGAAAUUUGUACUUCACAUUUCUCUUUGUUCUCCGAGCUGUGACAAAGGCAACAAAAUAUCUGGAGCAGGCUGAAUAUGACACUGGCAAUCCUGUUGAGGAUCUGAAAGCACAGUCCUUGAUGCGUCAACUACUUUAUAAUCCAAAACUGCAAGCUGCCUGUCCACUUCCCUUCGAUGAAGCUAAGAUGUGGCAAGGCCAAAGUGGACCUGAACUGAAGCAGCAGAUUCAGAAGCAGUUCAGAAACAUUAGUGCCAUGAUGGAUUGUGUUGGGUGCGAAAAAUGUCGUUUGUGGGGAAAACUUCAGGUGCUUGGCCUGGGCACUGCUCUAAAGAUUCUCUUUUCUGUUGACGGCAACAGCCAUGCUAACCAACCUUUGCAGUUGCAAAGAAAUGAAGUAAUUGCUCUGCUGAAUCUAUUGAACCGAUUAUCGGAGUCCGUCAAAUUUGUACAAGAAGAGGGCCCCUCUAUGGAUAAUAGAAUGGCCCCCCUACUUUCUGAACCCCUUGCACAAGAAAGUAAUUCAUGGCGAAGAGUGCUAGAAGCUGUAGGAUUGUCCUCGUUGAAGAAGAAACUCCAGAGGUAG